ACAGGAAAUCCCGCGGCUGCUCUUGGCUUCCUGUUUACGCGGGCCACUCGGUUCCUGGCCGCAGGGACGGAGUUUCGCACCCGCCUGAUGAUGGGAUUGUCCAACGGCGCUCCGAGUCGCUGCCGCCGGGCCUAGCUCGGUCCUUCCCCGCUCCGGGACUCCCGACCCCGUCUUCGGCCAAGACCUCUGGAGAGGCCGGAGUGGCCUCGGCCCCUAGGCUCGGGCUGCGCUGGAGAGCGGAGCGGCCCCGGCAGCCAGACUAAGACACCUUGCCCUGUGUGGAAUCAACUCAAGUCUGGGAUCAAGCCCUCUGUUUUAUGUUCGGAAACAAUUUUCCAAUGUGAGCCCAUUCAACAUGACUGAAUGUUGGGAGGAGCACCCAGCCGCCCCGCCUCUCGUGGAGAACUGCAUUCCCCAGAGUAAUGAGCGUGCCCUCGAGUUUGCCAUUGUGUUCCCGGCCGACACAGGCCUUCAGCAACAUCAGCCCUUGUCAGCUGAGUGCUCCCAAAAAUGCAAUAUGUGUGGCCAGACCAUCACACAACUAUCUGAGCUUCAGCAGCAUCCGUGCUUUCUAAACAUGAAUCGCUUCUUCCAGUGCGCCCAGUGCCAGAAGACCUUCAGCCAAUCCACCGACCUCUUGCAACACCAGUGUGGGCAAGUGGAGGAAAAGCCCUUCAUCUGCCACGUCUGCAAGAUGAGCUUCUCCCAGCUGCUGGCACUGGUCCAGCACCAGAACGUCCACAAUGAGAACAACCCCUUCAAGUGCACCAUCUGCGGCGAGAACUUCCAGCAGUCGUCAGAGCUGUUCGUGCACCAGAGGGUCCACAUUGAAGACCAACCCUUUGAAUGCACGGUCUGCAAGAAGAAAUUUAAGGACUCAUCCGAGCUGGUUGCCCACCAACAGUUCCACGCGCCCGAGAAGCCCUUCAAGUGUACCGUUUGCCAGAAAGGCUUCAAGAAGUCCUCACAGCUAGUGCGCCACCAGUACAUCCACGGUGAGAAACCCUUCAAGUGCUCGUCCUGUGAAAAGUCCUUCCGCCACGCCUCUGAACUGCAGAGGCACCAGAGGGUGCACACUGGAGAGCGGCCCUUCAAGUGCACGGAGUGCGACAAAACCUUCAGUCAGUCUUCGCACCUGGCCCACCACCAGCGCAUCCACUCAGGCGAGCGUCCCUAUGACUGUAGCGUCUGCCACAAAAGCUUCAAGCACCGCUCACACCUGGUGCGUCACAUGUGCGUGCAUGCCGGUGAGGACGUGUUCAAGUGCGUCAUCUGCCACGUGGGAUUCAAGCAGCCGGGGGAGCUGUUGCAGCACCAAUGCACGACGGAUGGUGAACGUCCCUACAAGUGCAGCCAGUGUCCCAAGACCUUCAAACGCGCGUCCUACCUCCAACACCAUCAGCGCGUUCACUCGGGUGAGAGGCCUUUCAAGUGCACCACCUGUCAGAUGAGCUUCAAGCAGCUGUACGCGCUGGUACGGCAUCAGCGGACCCAUACGGGAGACAAACCCUACAAAUGCACUGUGUGUGACAAGGGCUUCAGCGAAUCCUCUCACCUCCUCUACCAUCAACACAUUCACACUGGAGAGAGCCUCUUCCAGUGCACGGGAUGCCAGAAGGGCUACAAAGACUCCUCGGAGCUCUUGCGACAUCGCUGUGCCCGCGUGGAGGGCAAGCCGUUCAAGUGUACUGUGUGCCAAAAGGCCUACAAGCGCGUAUCUGCUCUGCAGCUCCAUGAAGCAACCCAUGUGGAAGAGCGGCCCUUCAAGUGCAACGCCUGUGAGCGGCGCUUUGCGUGCUCCUCCGAACUGGUGGAGCACCCGUGCCGUCCGGCAAAGGAGAAGCCCCUGAAAUGCAGCAACUGUGAGAAGCGGUUCAAGUACUCGUCAGAUGUGGAGCGGCAUCGGCGUGUGCACACAGGGGACAAACCUUUCAAAUGCAUCACUUGUGACAAGGGCUUUAAGCAGAAGGAGCACCUGAUAAAGCACCAGAAUGUCCACGCCAGAGAGAAUCAGUGUAAGUGCACAUGGUGCGGGGAGAGGUUUACAGAGCUGAGCUAUCUACAGGAGCACUGCCUUCAACACACAGCGGAAAACUCCUUUGAAGGGUCUGCUUGUGGACAGUGAUAUUUUUGUUUGCUCCGGAAGUCUGAUCUUAGCUAAGCUUGUACAGAACUGUGGUACAGAUAGAUUUGGAUGAGUUAACAGAUGGUGCUGGUCCUCAUGGCAGAGUCAAGUUUCAUGGGCUUUUUGUGAUGUAUCCAUUAGAGCAUCUUGGUCCUCCAUCCCUCUAUAAAGUCUCAUAACUUUGCUGAUACCAAUAGAUCUUUGUUAUCUGACUUGGGAUUUAUCCACCAAUAAAGUUUACCAACCUCCAGACUCUCAAAACUAAAACAGGGCAAAUCAGCAAGUGGAGAUGCAAGAGCAAAUAGUAUGUGCUGACCAGUCAGGUGCGAGACAUGUGGGACAUAUGUGACCAGAGUUCACAUACCUCUAUCUUAACAUCGUUCUUGAUCACACCAAACUCUUUCCAUUGAUCUGUAUACCUUACGGUUUAGCGAUCUGGAUUUUCUCUUCUGCCUGUCCUCUGCUGAAAUGGAUAGGCUGGUUGUUAAAACUAGUGCUGCGAUGCACUGUUGUGUGUGUGUGUGAUUACACUGGAGAGCACCUUCCAUUUCUCCCCGCCCCACCCCGUCCUCGGUCCAACAUUGCUUUGCAGAUUAUGUUGCAGCUUAGCCUUCUGUGACUUUCACAUAUACACAAUGUCCCCUCAUUAGUAUUUUAUGCACACAGUGACCAAAUAAAACGACAGGUGAUGGAAUCUGAAAUAAAAGAAGAAAUGCUGGAAGAGCUCAGCCUGUCAAACAGCAUCUGUGGAAAGAGAAGCCAGGUUGCAUUUUAGAUCCAAAACGUAGACCAGCUUCUCUUUCCAUUGAAGCUGCUUGACUGGCUGAGUUCUUCCAGCAUUUGUGUUUUUCUUAGGGAAUUGGGAGAUUUGUUUUCACUAAUAUGAAUCCAAAAAUGAGUGUGAACAUCUUUGUUGUAAUAAAGCUGUAAUGUAGAAAAAAACAUUUUUGUGUUUUAAGAUUGCAGCGUUUUAAGAUUUGGGAAUAUAUUUUAGCACCAUUGUUUUCCUACAAUGGCAGUAGUGCCGUCUUAUGCUGCAAAGCCUUUCUGUGCAACUGUUUGAUCACAAUCAAAGGUUUAAAACAUUUUGAUUUACCUUGCUCUAUUGCCCUCUGUUUAAACCUUUCUUGUAACAAGGAUCACAGGCCACAACUAAAUUUGUCUUCACUCUGGCAAUCCCCUUGUCCACAGUUCUCUGUUUACUGCUGAAUUUAACGAUCCACUUUUCCUGGUGGAAAGUUCCUUUAUCACAACUCUUCUUUGAGUAAUGUAAACAUUGAAAUCAAUGUUAAUAGGUUUAAAAAGUAUUUUGCGACAUCUUGAGCUACCUAAAGUCAUUUGCAACAUACUUUUCCAUUCUCUGACCAUGCCAAACAGGCCUGGGGGCUUGGAGGUCAAGGCAGCAUCUUUCUACCAGGUGCCAGCCAAUGUUGCUGCACUGGUGGCUAUCAGGAGGUAUGUUAACGUGGCUUUGAGCUAUGCCUAUUCCCUAUUGUCAAGUCCAUGACCUUUGUGCAUUCUCACAGAAAACACGAUCAAGUGAUUUAACAGAAUAAUUUAAAUGCACAAUCUACAUUUCUAUGGCAAGGCAUAGCUCCAGCGUCCUGUGCACUGCGCUCAUCUGGGUUGCAAUUGCUACUAGUUGCACCUUAAAGCAAAUAUGUAAAUUGUCUCACAGCUGGCUUAAUAGUUCUCAAGCAAAAACUGAACUGAAAUAUUUUCUUAAAGGGAUUAGAUUCCUCAACAGUUAUCAUUAGAGUGUAAACAUAUCUGCAGUUGAGUGUUUUAUUAUAUUGAAACCGAUGAGUUAAAUGGGAGCUUUGGUUUGGAUCAGGUUAAUAGGUUUUCAGAAUUCCUCCUAAUGGCCAUGUACUGAUGAGACCGUUGUCUCUGGCCAAUAAAGGGGUUAUCCACCCAUUGACUACAAUAGUUGAGCAUUGUGAAUUAUUUUCAGAAUUCUAUUGCAAAUGUGUAAUUAAAAAUAGAUUUUAAUUUAUGUAUUUUAAAGUAGCUUGAAAACUAGUGUUACACUUUCACUGCUGCAAUCUGUUAGAACACAAGUUCUGUUUGUUUUUAUUUUUGGUUGUAUCGGCUUCGGUGACAGUAAGAUUGGUGUAUGUACAAGUCUUUCAAGAGCACUAGUUUUAACAAGUAUGUUUGAUAUAAAUGUCCAUGUCAUAUUGGAAAGGGAACCACAAACAGUUUUUUUAUGGGUUUUUUGCCAUUUCAACGUCUACAGUCUGAAUAUAAUGCAGGAUGGAUGUGAAGUCAUGGACACAGCAGAGCUCGAAAGCGAAGUCUCCUUUGGAAAUGAAGCUGCGCAACAGAAAGUUGGGCAAGAAGUCAGCCAAACGUGACUUAUCACCUUAAAUGACUGCAGUCUUUACAAAGGUGGACUUUUGAUGAGAAGAGUGGUAUGUUUUUGCCAGUUGAAUCAAGCUGUUGUCGUUUUGUAUCAUCUCCAUUUUGUAAGCACUAACAGUUUGCUAAUGCAGAUGCUAAAAUGAAAAGCAGACUAAUAAAAAAAAUGAGUAGAAUUAAUACACUGUCUUAUCAAAAUAGUUUCAAGCUGCCUAUAGGAUGUCUCCACGGUUACCAGUGUUUUUUAGGAAUGUAAAAGAGCCGUCUUUCCUGCAGUUGCGCAUGGCUAAUUGCAGAACAUGGGAUUGUAGAUAAUCUACGUCCUUGCUGAGUGUAAAGAGAGUAUCUGAUUGUAAGGUUUGAGUAGGAAACGGAGUGCAAACUACAGAGCAUGUUAACUCUCAAUUCUGUUGUCUUACCAUUGAAUAUUCUCCUACCACAAGUGUGAUGUGUUUUCAAAAGAAGUGUCACAAACUUUUUUUAUUUUAUUACAAAUCAAUUUUAUUUUGUCUGGGCUACCAUAGAUACAAGAUGACAAGUAAUUUGCUUUUAGGGUUCAGAUGACACCAUAAAUCAAACAGUUGAUCGAUGUAAUCAGAGCCCAGAGACUGAAUUGCAACCUGAUACUCUUGCCACUUGUAAUUUUUUUUUAUUAAUAUACAUAGUCUUAAUAAAAUUAAAUCAAUGCUAAUGAAAUUCAAUGGUGUUGACUGAUAUGAUUACUGUAGAAUAACAUUUGAUGUUCAAGUAACCUUGCUGUUUCAAUGAGAAUAGUAAGAGAAUUGAUUUCAGAGCCAGUUGUGGCAAUCAAUUCCUCUUAAGUCAUAACGUUAGGUUUGAACCACAAUCAGGAUUUUCAAUUUAUUAAUUGGAAUCAUAAUUAUCAUCAGUUUUACAAUUGUCCUAAUUGAACUGGUAAAUAACAAGGAGAUGUUGUAAAUUCUGUUUACAGUUGCUUAUAGGUAUCACAGUCAAGCUGAUCUUUUUCUUUGUUCCUAUUUGAAAAUGUUAUUUUUUAUCGUUUCCCUUCCGAUGUAGCUAUUUGACUGACUCCAUAUUACCAGAAAGCCCUUUCUUUAGCCAUACCAAUUUCUUCCUAAAGAUGGCCGUGUCAUCCUUGAUCCCAGCUCCAGAUCCCAAAUUAGCAAUUUUCAUUUGCUUUUUCACAUUUGAGUUUUAAAAUAAUGAUGAGAGUAAGUCAUAAAUUGUCCUUCAAAAUAUCUCUUAUAUAAAGCAUCAUUACAUAUGUUCCCUUAAUGUAGUCUCUGGAAUUCUUUACUGGAUUGUGCAUAUGGGUGUUAUUAUUUAUAAUGUUUAGUCUGUUUUUGUUUCAUUUAAUUAUCUCCCAAUGUUGAAUUUGAAUUGUUGAGUGCAAAUCCGAAAGAAAUGCUUAGUCAAUGAAUUUAGAUGUUUGGACAGUUUUCUUUAAGGUUUUUACGGGAAGAAGACACAUGAAGAAAUGACUCCUAUUUGCAUCUCCUAUACAGAUCUCGGGUGAGAUGUUGAACAUACUGACAAAUCCUGUUGUGCACUUGUAUUGAUUGCAUCCAUUCCCUGCUGGACCCUGCUGCACCCUAGCACAUUUGAUUGGGGAAGGUCAGGAUUUAUUCAACCUGUUGGCAUUGGCAAAUACUACAUUGUAAAAGCCAGUGAUGGAGUUUUGUUUUAUUUUCUCUGUCGUAGAUCUCCUUAUGCACAUGAAGUCUGUGAAGUCACCUGAAUGGGGAAAGAAUCUUGCCAAUUAAAAAGAAAUUCAACUUG